GGGUGGGCUCAAUUCAAUCGAUGGUGAGGAAAGAAUUUCCUAAUAUUUUUGUGAAAAUGUUUCAGUAUAUACUGCUGUUCAGUCGACAAGGAAAGCUAAGACUUCAAAGAUGGUACAUGGCUAUGAGUCAAAAAGAUAAGAAAAAAAUCACAAGAGAGCUUAUAUCAAUUGUACUUGCAAGAAAACCGAAAAUGUCAAGCUUCUUAGAGUAUAAAGAUUUGAAGAUUGUUUAUAAAAGGUAUGCAAGUCUGUAUUUUGUUGCUGCAAUUGAGAAUAGUGACAAUGAACUGAUAACUCUUGAGAUCAUUCACAGAUAUGUAGAACUGUUGGAUAAAUAUUUUGGAAGUGUUUGUGAACUUGAUAUAAUUUUCAACUUUGAAAAGGCAUACUAUAUGUUGGAUGAAUUAAUUCUUGGAGGUGAAAUUCAAGAAACAAGUAAAAAGAAUGUCUUAAAAUCAAUUCAAGCCCAGGACCUCUUGCAAGAAGAGGGUGAAAUAAGAAGUGCUUUGGAAGAGAUGGGUUUAUCCUAGUAUCCCAAAUUUAGUAAAUAAUCAAAUUUCUCAUCAUCACCUUGUAAAUUACUUGAUGAAACUGAAAGUUAACAUAAUCAGCGUGAAUUAUUGUCCAUUGAGCACCUCCAAGUAGCACAAGUUUUGAUUAUUUGACAACUUCAUUUUUAUCUAAUGUUUUUCUAUUCAUUAAUUCGUUAUUUACUGUGAUAAAAAGUUUAUAAUGCGCUGCUGUUUUUAUUCAUUUACAUGUAACAAUCGUCACAUAUAUUCUGCAAAUUCUGCAAACACUAUCUCGUUGUUUUUCGAAUUUUGUACCUUGGCUGAUAAGCCAAUGGCGAUCCUGUCCAGAAUAACAAAGAUAUUAGUCAAAUGACAACAGCCUGUCUAUGUUUUUCGUUUUAGUAAUUCAUUUCUACAAAAUUUUCUUUGAUUUUAGAUGUUCUCGUGUAUUUUUAAUAGUUUCGAAGUAUAGCGAUGUU